CGAUUAUGUAUUCGCAGCGGAAGUGUGAUGCGGCGGCGUUCGUUCGGUCUCCGGCGAAGAUGCUUCGGGGCUUAACGCAUAACGGCAUUCCGAGCAGAGCGACGCGCGUGCGCACCAGCGAGCGCUGAGGACGGACAACAGCUGUACCGGAGGCCACAAUGCGACUGGCGCUCUGGGCUCCUGCCUUGGUCCGCAUCGGCAAUGGCUGCGCAGAGUGAUCCAGAGAGCUCGUACUAUGCGCUCCUCUAGACCCACACACAGAAGAGCACAAGCGGAGCCGUCUCAAAAUGAGCACCGGAUUCAGCUCGAGCUCCUGCCGCUUCGCGGAUUAUUUCGUGACCUGCGGUCUGGACACCGAGAGCGGCUUAGAACCAGACGAGCUGUCCGCUUUAUGCCAGUAUAUACAGGCUACUAAAUUCAGAGAUGUUGCCAGAGGAAAGUUGGCGGGUGCAAAAGAAGGUGAGAAUUUUGAGCAGAGUCCACUGCGGAGAACUUUUAAAUCUAAAGUUCUAGCGCACUAUCCCGACAAUGUGGAGUGGAACCCUUUUGACCAGGAUGCAGUGGGCAUGCUCUGUAUGCCAAAGGGCUUGUCCUUCCGCACCCAGACAGACAUCCGCAAGCCCCAGUUCCACUCUUUCAUUAUCACGAGAGAGGACGGCUCCCGAACCUAUGGCUUUGCCCUCACCUUCUUUGAGGAGGUGACCAGCAAGCAGAUCUGCAGUGCCAUGCAGACGCUCUACCACAUGCACAAUGCAGAACAGUACGACAUCUUGCACACGCCACCCACACCUCGCAGUCCAGAAGACACCCGUUCCACUCAACAACUGCUCGCUGCUCCCUCUUUGUCUCGACUGCAGCGUUUCAACUCCUACGACAUCAGCCGAGACACACUCUAUGUGUCCAAAUGCAUCUGCCUGAUCACACCCAUGGCCUUCGCCCACGCCUGCAGAAGGGUUCUGGAACAGCUGCACCAGGCCGUCACCUCGCCUCAGCCCCCGCCGAUGCCGCUGGAGAGCUACGUCUACAAUGUCCUCUACGAGGUCCCGCUACCACCGGCCGGGCGUUCCUUGAAGUUCUCGGGCGUAUACGGGCCAGUGGUGUGUCAGAGACCCAGCACGGCUGAGCUGCCCCUCUUUGACUUCCCCCUGCAGGAGGUAUUUGAGCUGCUAGGCGUGGAGAACGUGCUACAGCUCUUCACCUGUGCACUGCUGGAGAUCCAGAUCCUUCUGUACUCGCAACAUUACCAGCGGCUGAUGACGGUAGCGGAGAGCAUCACAGCUUUAAUGUUCCCCUUCCAAUGGCAGCAUGUGUACGUGCCCAUCCUGCCCGCUUCACUGCUCCACUUCCUGGAUGCUCCUGUGCCCUACCUCAUGGGUCUGCACUCCAACGGCCAGGAUGACCGCACCAAGCUGGAACUUCCCCAAGAGGCCAACCUUUGUUUUGUCGAUAUUGACAAUCACUUUAUCGAGCUACCUGAGGACCUGCCUCAGUUCCCCAACAAGCUGGAGUUCAUCCAGGAGAUCUCGGAGGUUCUGUUGGCUUUCGGCAUAUCUUCAGAGGCAAAGCCACAGUGCAGCGAGGGCCAGAGCAAGCUCAGGGUCUUCCGCUCGGGUGACAUGGCUUCUGACAAGCGCAACGGCAACCUGGCCGGCUCGCCGCUCAACUCGUACUUGCUGAGAGAAAACCAAACCAUAGCUCGUCUGCAAGCGCUGGUCAAGAGGACUGGAGUCAGUCUGGAGAAGCUGGAUGUAAAGGAGGAUACGAGCACUAAUAAGGAUUCAAAAGUGCAGUGUGAUGAAGAAGAGCUGAAAAAGCAUCAGUUGAACAUUCGUGUGCGAGAGGUCUUCGCCAACCGCUUCACGCAGAUGUUCUCUGACUAUGAGGUGUUUGUCAUUCAGCCCAGCCAAGACAAAGAGUCCUGGUUCAGCAACCGAGACCAGAUGCAGAACUUUGACAAGGCCUCCUUCUUGUCGGAUCAGCCCGAACCUUACCUGCCAUUCCUCUCCCGCUUCCUGGAGACGCAGAUGUUUGCCUCUUUCAUCGACAGUAAGAUCCUGUGCCACGAUGAUGAAGACAAAGAGCACACACUGAGAGUAUUUGAUUCCCGUGUUGACAAGAUCCGCAUGUUAAAUGCCAGGACACCCACCCUGCGGACCUCCAUGUACCAGAAGUGCACCAACAUAGAUGAAGCAGAAAAGGCCAUUGAGAUGAGACUGUGUAAGAUCGACCACACGGCUCUGCAUCCCCACCUGCUGGACAUGAAGAUCGGUCAGGGCCGCUAUGAGCCAGGCUUUUUCCCCCGCUUACAGUCCGAUGUUCUCUCUACUGGACCCACCAGCAACAAAUGGGCGAAGCGCAGUGCACCAGCACAAUGGCGGAGGAAGGACAGACAGAAACAACACACUGAACAUCUGGACAAUGACCAGAGAGAGAAGUACAUCCAGGAGGCCAGGAACCUGGGCACCACUCUCCGCCAGCCCAAACUCUCCAACCUGUCACCUUCAGUCAUCGCACAGACCAACUGGAAGUUUGUAGAGGGACUGUUAAAAGAGUGCAGAAAUAAGACCAAACGCAUGCUGGUGGAGAAGAUGGGACGGGAAGCGGUGGAGCUGGGCCACGGGGAGGUUAGCAUCACUGGUGUAGAGGAGAACACACUCAUCGCCAGCUUGUGUGAUCUGCUGGAAAGAAUCUGGAGCCACGGUCUGCAGGUCAAGCAGGGAAAAUCUGCCUUGUGGUCUCACCUCUUACAUUAUCAGGAGAGUAAAGAGAAGAGAGACGCUACUCCAGCAGGCCUCGGCCCUCCUGGCAUCAUUCAUGACACAGAGAGACGGAAGUCAGAUGCUGGCUGUGCAAUGCCUCCUCUCAAGGUCUCUAUGAUACAGGACAUGAGGCACAUCCAGAACAUCAGUGAGAUCAAGACAGACGUUGGGAAGGCCAGGGCAUGGGUUCGUCUUUCCAUGGAGAAGAAACUGCUGUCCAGGCACCUGAAGCAGCUGCUGUCUGACCAUGAGCUCACCAAGAAACUCUAUAAGCGCUAUGCUUUCCUGCGCUGUGAUGAUGAGAAGGAGCAGUUCCUCUACCAUCUCCUCUCUUUCAACGCAGUGGACUACUUCUGCUUUACCAAUGUCUUCACCACAAUUAUGAUACCAUACCAUGUGGUCAUCAUUCCCAGCAAGAAACUAGGUGGCUCCAUGUUUACGGCUAACCCCUGGGUGUGUGUGUCAGGGGAGCUAGCUGAGACUGGAGUCCUGCAGGUCCCCAAAAACACUCUGGAGAUUACAUUUGAGUGCCAGAACCUGGGGAAGCUGACCACAGUACAGAUGGGCCAUGAUAACUCAGGACUGUAUGCUAAGUGGCUAGUAGAGUGUGUAAUGGUCCGCAAUGGGAUCACAGGACACACCUACAAGUUUCCAUGCGGCCGUUGGCUCGGGAAAGGAGUAGAUGAUGGCAGCUUGGAAAGGAUACUGGUGGGCGAAUUGGUAACUAACACGGAGACUGAGGACAGAAUGUGCCGGACUCCUCCAAUGCAGCAAUCCCCUGGGAUGAUGCGAAGAUUUGUCACCAUUUCGCCAAACAGCAAACCAAAGUUAAACACGGGCCAGAUCCAGGAAGGGGUGGGAGAGGCCAUUAACGGCAUCGUCAAACACUUCCAUAAGCCAGAAAAAGAGAGAGGAAGCCUCACAUUGCUUCUGUGUGGAGAGUACGGUUUGGUAUGGGCUCUAGAGCAGGUGUUCCAGCAUGGCUUCAAGUCUCCUCGCCUUUUCAAGAACGUCUUCAUUUGGGACUUUCUAGAAAAAGCGCAGGUCUACUUUGAGAGUACAGAACGGAGUCAGAUGACCCAGGAUGAGAACUGGCAAAUGAGAGUGCGUCAUUUCUGUCAUUUCAUGCGCGCCAUCAACAGCACACCCAGAAACAUUGGCAAAGACGGGAAGUUUCAGAUGCUUGUGUGUCUCGGAGCCAGAGAUCACCUGCUGCACCACUGGAUCGCACUUCUUGCCGAGUGUCCAAUUACAGCACAGAUGUACGAGGACAUGGCGCUCUUAAAGGACCAUUCUCUGGUGAACUCUCUGAUUCGAGUGCUACAGACUCUGCAGGAAUUCAAUAUCACUCUGGAGGCCUCUCUCGUCAAAGGGAUCGGGAUAUAAUGCCGUCUGAAUAUAGAACUAACACACAGAUCAGCGGGACCAUGGACUAACUUUUUUUAUAUGGAGAGACUUGAACAAAAGGACUAAACCUGGCUUACGUUAAAGCUACUGUCAUGUUUGCCAUAUAUUAAGUGCAAUGAGCCUUUUCAGACGUGUCAUAAUUUUUAUCAACAACGUUACUGACAUUCAAAUAUGUCUUUUAUUUUGAUCCAUACUUUUCACAAAAGGCGAAAACCCCCACCUGUGCUAUACCGUUUUAUUAAAAGCUCAAUAUUUUUCGUUGUUGUUGUUGUGGACUGCUGACAAUGG